CAACGCAUGCGCAUUUAGCACAGCCUGCGCAUUUGCGAGUGUGUUCGAACGCCAUUUUAGAGCUCACCGUCUGUUUUCGUGUUGUAAUUUUGGGUUGAAGUGGUACCCGACACUUUGGUAUUAGAGAAAUUAUCAAUCAUGUCAGAAAGUUCUGCGACUUUGGAGUCAACGACCGGCGAGAUUCCGGAGGGCACUUGCGUUCGCAAGAUAGCCGAGCUCAGAGUUAUUGACCUGAAAGCAGAGCUGAAAAAGCGAAACCUGGACGUCAGCGGCAACAAGAGCGUGCUAUCUGAACGCCUGAAAAAGGCUAUUGAAGAGGAAGGUGGAAAUCCCGAUGAGUUGGUCGUCCCGAUUGAAGGGUCACAGAAGAAAACACCCAAAAGAACGUCAAAAGGUAAAAUACAGGAGAAUGAUGAACCUGAAGACUGUGGCAUAGAAGAGGAUUCAGGAGAUGGGCAGGAUGACCCUGAUGGAAAUAUGGACAGCCUACAUGAUAUGGACCUUAUGGACAUGAAUGUACUGGAUGAGGCAGACAUAGAUAAUGGUGUUCCAGCAGGCUACCAGGAUGGUAACACGAAGGAAGAAAAUGGCAAUGAAGAGGAAGACGAUGAAGAUGAGUUUGACGAAGAUGAAGAAAUCCUCAUACCGUCUAUCGACAAUGAUGAGGAGAAGGAGCCCAAGGACAAGGAUAUCGCUGAAGAGGAGGAUUUAAUGCUUUUCAAACAGGCAAGUGUUUAUUCUCCAAGCAGUAUACAGUGGUGGUCAAAAUUAUUAGAACACUUGGCAUAUUUAAGAGGUCUCAGUUGUUUUUGUUGAAUUGGCCAUUAUAAUACCCAUCAAAUGAAUGAAAUAUCUACAAAGUCAUCACUAUGCUCUAUAAACCAUAGAAUAGAGCCAUCAUAAGGAGAUUUAGGUAAUUUUCUUUACAAAAAACAAGCUAGACCUAUUUCACUGUCAAUGUCACACAAUCAUGUUCCUUCACAGAAGAAGCCAAAUUACUUGGGUAAUCAUUGUAAGGUGUGAUUGUGGUUAAAUUGAUGGCAAUGCAAGAGUCUUAGGACACAGCUGUGUGAUUGUUUUGAAUGUACAAGGCCUAUCCUGCUUAUUAAGUGAUUGGUAACAUCAGGGUUUUGUCACUGACGCCACACCACCAAUUGGUAUAAAUUCAAAGCCUCUAGAAGUAGUCUUGAAGCACAUGUUGCUCUUUGAACAUGGCCAAGGUGAAGAAGGAGCUAACAAGUGAGCAACGGGUUUGAAUAAAAGCCCUAUUUUGAUGCUGGCUAGAGUAACCGCCGCAUAGCCAAGGACUUGAGAUGCAGUCCAAGCACUGUAAAGUACACUUCAGACCGCAAUGACGCCACCAAUUUACACCAGAACCGAAAGGGGAGAGGUAGAAAAAAGAGCAUGAAGCAUCUUAAAAUUCUCAGUCUUAAGGGCCAAAGAAAGACCUCACGAGAACUGCGUGACGAGAUCAACACCACAAUGACUAAUGGUGCAACAGUGUCUUCAAGAACUGUGCGUCGGAAACUGGGAGAAGAAGGACUUGUUGGCAGAAUAGCAACAAAGAAACCAUUACUGAAAGAGAAAAAUAGAGUGAAACGCCUGAAAUGUGCAAAAGAACACAAGAAAUGGACAAAAGAAGAUUGGUAUAAAGUGUUGUGGACUGAUGAGUCCAAGUUUGAACAGUUUGGCAACAUGCGAAGAGUGUAAGUUCGACGGUGGGAGGGGGAGAGAUAUAAAAAUGAGUUUGUCUUGCCAACAGUUAAACACAGAGGGGGUACUAUUACGGUGUGGGGUGCCAUUUCAGCCUCAGGAACAGGUGACUUAGUGAAAAUGUAUGGCAUCAUGGAUAAGAAAGUAUACCACCACAUUCUGGUGAGGCACAGAAUACCAUCUGGGAGUCGUCUUAUUGGGCCUGGAUUUAUUUUCCAAGAGGACAAUGACCCUAAACAUUCUUCUAACUAUUGCCAGAACUACCUGCGACAGAAGGAAUUUGCUGGAACAUUGAAAAUGAUGGACUGGCUCCCUCAAAGUACGGACCUCAACCCCAUUGAGCAAAUUUGGGGAGAGUUGGAAAAUAAACUGGACAGAUCUAUUGUACAUUCAAAG